AUGGCAACAAAACUAAGUAAACUGCUCCCUGGAACGAGACUGACCGUUGGUCAGCAUACGGUCACCGUGGAGAAGUACAUCUCUGAAGGAGGGUUUGCCCAGAUCUACCAAUGCAGGAUUAACCCCAUCGAACAAGGCAGCGAUAUCGCGUGUCUAAAAAGAGUGAUUGUUCCAGACAAGAACGGAUUGACACAGCUGAGGGCUGAGGUGGAGGUGAUGCAAAAAUUGAGUGGAUGUGACGAAAUUGUUAAGUACUACGACUCUCAUGCCUCCAGGAUCCCCAACUCGGCUUCCUAUGAGGUGUAUGUUUUGAUGGAACUAUGUGCGAACAAAUCGCUAUUAGACUUCAUGAAUGCACGACUAAAGACUAAGCUCGUGGAGACCGAGAUUUUGACGAUUUUGUAUGAUGUCUCGCGGGCUGUUUACCAUAUGCAUAGCAUGGGGUUGAUCCAUAGGGACAUCAAAAUCGAAAACGUGCUGAUAGAUGCAAAUCACCGAUUCAAACUGUGCGACUUUGGUUCGACAUCACCACCAUUAAGAGUUCCCAAAACGUUUCAGGAGUUUCAACUGUUGAAUAAUGACAUUUUGCACCAAACUACGCCCCAGUACAGGGCUCCAGAGAUGAUAGAUCUUUAUCAAUUGAAGCCGAUUGGCGACAAGGCAGACAUCUGGGCUCUGGGAAUCUUCUUAUACAAGUUGUGCUAUUACUUUACACCUUUUGAGCACAUUGGAGGAGAAUUUGCGAUUCUUCACGCAUGCUAUCAGUUCAGCCCGCAGCCAAUAUACUCCAAAAACCUUCUCAGUUUGAUCGCUGGAAUGCUGCAAGCUGAUCUGAAUGAGAGACCCAACAUCUAUCAGAUAGUUGUGGAAGUUUCUCGGCAAUUAAACAUUCCAAAGGAGGAAAUUGGACUCAAGGAUAUUUUCGGUCGCGGCGAAUACAAGUUCUCGAUAGAACUGAAGCCUCAGUCCCUCUUCCCAGAGCAGCAACAACCAAUGGUAUUCCAGGAAGACCUCAAUACCGCAGGUGGUUAUUACCAUAGACAGUACGUUCCUUCUGCUGCGCAAACACCUCAGCCAACGUCACACCUUCUGAAGGUCUCGAGCAGGUCUGAGGAUCCUUCUGCCGAAAGCGAAGAUGAGGAGAAUGAGAAGAGCCAGGGACAUAUCACCGUGACUCAAACUGAGGUCCAUCAGCCUGCUCCACAGCAAGAAGCACGAAAAUUACCAGAUUCCCAACCAGCAUAUCUUGAAGCGCCGCAAUUCCACUUAGAGAAUGCUUCACCAGACAUGCAAGCUGUUUCUCCCAUGAUGAUACCAGUUUCUCCGGGACUAGUUGCUUCGCAGUACCCGGAGAUCCUUUUAAGUCCUUCAGCCUCGCCACUUCUGGGUCCAACUGUCGUUGGAGUGAAUACCGGCGAUUUCUACCCGGCAUCACUGGGAUCAAGGCCUACUUCACCGGUACCACGGCCACAUUCUCGGAAUCCAUUUCCAAUUGCAGGCUCUACUGCUGACUAUGCGCCUGCGUCGAAUGGACCCAUUCGGUCCCAAACUCCAGUCAAUGUGCCAGUGUCGGUUUCCAGCAAACAACACAGUCAUUCCUCGCACAACUCCCAGUUCUCCUCAACCUCGCUCAGUUUCCCAGUUCCCACGAUAGGAAAAGAGAAUUAUGGUGAUCUCAUAGAUUUUGGAGAAGGUGAUACACUCAGGGUAGAGCCAAAGGGCGACUCGAAGCAUGAGUCUUUUGUCCAAACUCCUCAAGAGUCGUCGGGAAACACGCUUAGGAGAGAGCUCUCCAGAGAAGAUAUGACGAAGAUGGUAGAGGAAACAAUUGAAGAUAGAGAUGAUAGUUAG